AUGGCAGGGAACCGACAGGUUGGAGUACCAGCACGGACCCUUUUUGCCUUGUUUUGUACUAGUCGCGGAUGGACUCCGCGACUAUCCCCUGCACUUACCCCUUUGAGCCAUCUUGACUCGGUAACCUCCACUGCCGUGUUGAACCUCCCAUCUCUUGCAACUGCUGCAACCACAGGGCGUAGCACUGAUUCUAGUCCAUGUCUCUCUGGCCUUCCAAACCCCCUUUCUCUUCUCGCUGAGGCAGCGCAGGAAGACUCGAACAUCGUCCCACUUCCAAACGACAGCCGGGUGCUGCCGUUCCUGGCGGCUCCUACGAACAGCGUCGAGUCUGUAGAAGCGGAACACGAGGAAGAGCAAAGGAAUGAUGAACAGUCGAUGCGGCUGGAAGAAGAAGAAGAAGAAGAAGAAGAAGAAGGUUGCUACAACCCAGAUCUAGCAGAGCUUCUCCGUAUGGAGGAAGAAGAGGAGCAUCGACUUGCUAAUGAAGCCCAUGCAAACGUGUGUUUCCCAGACAAGCUAUUGCAUGACGAGAAUACGCGCUGGCUUCGUGAGUGCGGGUGGCCGCGUUGGUUCGUACGCAGACCAUUGAAUGUGAUUGCUGCUACAUCUCAGCUUCCUUCGCAGAAGUACCAAGUCCUCUACCUAGGAUCGUGGAACAACUCCGAGUGGACUAGCUGUUCAGCUACAGAGGCAAAGCUCUUGAAGUUCGUUGAGCUUACUAGUCGCGCGUUGGACAGAUGUGAAGAGACCCUGUCGUCUACCUCGCGGGUUCUCCGCUGUUGGCUACGUAGCUGGGGUCCGCAUUAUUGCCCUAUUCCGUUCGAGCUGCCAAAGCGACAGGCUACUCGGAAAAAAUACCGCUCGUACUGCUAUCGCUUCCUUUGCUAUGUCUUCCGAGCAAGGCAGGUUUGCCUCGAACAGGGUCAAAACGCGCACGACAUCUACGGUCUGACACUUACUGCAUCCCAGGCAGGAAUGAUAGAUACUAUCUGGGCAGAGCUAGACAAUUUCUCGUUGAACGAGGCGAAGAGAGUCCCAUCGAAUACUGUGUCGCCGCUGCCUCCUCUACCUUCUUGCAUUCUCGAAACCAUCUUCCGACUGCUCGUUCUCUUCUGGACAGACACUUCAAUAGACGGCGAUCCAGGCGAUAAGGCAGUUGUUCACUUCUCUGGCGUGCUUGGAAUCCACCCGUAUAAGCUCACUCUCCGUACCGCGUACGACUACACGCCGUAUCUCUCGGCCUUGAUCUGGAUAGGGAGGCUCGUCACACUGGAGUAUGCGCUCCCAUCGCGAGCCUACAAGUCGUGGAACCCUCCGCUCCAGGCACGCUCGACAUAUCCAGAUCAGGGGUCAAGACUCCUGAGAGAGAUCCGGCCCAGUUAUCUUCAACGCGGUACCUUCGCGCCUCUUGGGUACUUCAUUGAUCGCCUCCAACAUGGCAGAGCUAUAGCAAAGCGGGAAGGUGGGAGAACCAACAUCUCCUGGUCGCCUGACGGCCAGAUGCUCGAGAUCAACGGUUCUCAAAUCACCCUAGUGCAAUUGCGCUCUACGGUGCACUCUCUUCUGGAUAGGAUCAAUCGGGAAGCCCGCGAGCUGAUGUUUGACUGGUGGCCUGAUGUCGAUUUGCAUGGGAUCAAAGAUCAACCCACAAGCUAUCGAUCAGGCUAUUCAUUUUUAGCGGAGCCUGACAACAAUCUACAAAUGAGCUUCAAGCAUCUUCACCGUCGAGCGUUCUCUCCUUGA